AUGGCAGCCAAUUUACAGAGCCGGAGACUGGCGAGCUUCGCUAAGCGAUUUCUCAGCCAGAUAACUCCUUCUAAUUCCCUUCUGAUUCCUUCAUAUUCUCUCACCAGGAGUGUGCAUGUUUCUGUGUACGACAAGAAUGUUGAGGAGAAUGUAGUUGAGGAGAAUGUCCAACCAACUGUAGUCCCGGAUGAUGUAAUCUCACCUCUAUCUGACGAAUACUGGGAACCUCACCCUGAAACCGGGGUGUUUGGCCCUGCAACUGAUGGUGAUAAACCAGCUAUAGAUGGGGAACCUCUGAAAGCUAAUGGUGAUUCAGUGUUGGAGGAAAAGGCCUUUUUCCGUCCUCUCGAGGAUUUGGAGAUACCACCCCCUGAGUUGCAGGGGGAAACUGAAGUCGGUUCUACAAUAGAUAAGGCUUAA